AUGCCAGCACCCCCUCACCACUAUGAAACUCAUCAUUCAUCUAUGACGCGUAAUCGACGCGACUCUACUACAGUCGGCCCAGAUCGCCAUCACCGCACCUACGGACGAGCGACUCAGGACGAAAACCAACCUCGAAGCAACGUGAAACUGCCGCCGGCUGAUGAAGAGCACGACCCUUCGAACCACAUCGUUGUGCCGCAGGGAAUAUUUGAAGAACCCGCAUCCUCAAGCGAGUUCUUUUAUCGUUAUCCUCCAAUUCUAUUUAUACAGGCAGGUUUCCCCGAGAAAGGCGUUAACGUCGGCAAGAUGGCCUCCUGCAGGCCACCCACGCUUAAGGGGGAUGAAGAUUUGAUCUUCAAAGAAGUGGUGGAGCGUGAGGUGAAGGUGCAGAUCAAUUGGCCCGGAUACCCCCCAUUCGAGAGGCGAAUCAAAACACUGAGAGGUGCUUUACCUCGCGGUGUUAUGGCCGCCAAGGUCGCAAAUAUGGUCCUGGACUUUGCAGCGUAUCUUCAAGUGAGGCUCAUAGACCGUUGA